GAUGCAUGUGAACCAACAGUCACGUACUUUUUCUCUUUUGUAUUGGUUGGCCAGAAAACACGUUUGCCUUUUUACAGUGCUUACCAAGUAAAGUUUGGAAAGGAAACAAGCUGCUUCAUUCUUUAUAAGGGAAAACUGUUAUCUAUCUGCCGAGCUGACGCAACAGGCUAGUUCGCGCCACACACACAAGGAAGCGGGGGCAGAAUAGUAAAAAGGCAACUCUUCCAACGGCCAGUGUUCGUCCGAUCUGGAGGUAAAGUACCAUCUAACACAAUCACCAUGUCACUUAGAAGAAAAGAAGAGGAUUGUGAUGAACUAGAAACAAGAUCACUCGUAUCCAACUACUCCAGAACCAGCAGACAAUCUGUAGCUAAUUCUAUGGCAGUGCAAGCACGGGCUAAAGCAGAAGCUGCACGUGCUGAGUUUGCAUUUGCUCGACAAGAGGCAGAGCUACUAAAACAGCAAGCCAUUCUAAACGCCAGUCUGCAUGAACUGAAAUUAGAAAAGGCAGCGGCGGCUGCAAACGCUGAAGCUUUAAUCUUAGAAGCAGCUGCUGAAGAAUAUGAUUAUGAAUGGUCAAGCCCAAUUAAAAGGAGAGCAAAUGAAAACACAGAGCCUCUAACCCAAGUCGAAAUGCACAAUUCAAAUGCUCAAUUGCAGACUCCUGUUACAAAUCCAGGUCACCAGUCCUAUCAGGGUGAAAAAGCAGCCUGCAUGGUAAAUACAGUCACAGUCUCACCAUCAGAUGCAAAGCCACAGAAAACUUCACAUUCACCAGAGCGCCAGCCUACCAUGGACAGCGGUGAAGUAAACAAAUGUGAAAACCAGGGCCAUGCACAUCUGAGUAAAAGCAGUGACCAUGAAUUUAUUGAGCUGCCUCAACCCCACACACUCACAGGAGAAGACACCUGGAUCCCAAAUCAGGCAACCAGCACUGCACAGAAAAAAUCAUACAGCUACAGAGGGCUCUCCUACAACCUGAAACCAACCAGUGAUGAUUUCCAACCUUCCCAGCCUUACCACACACAGUCAUUCCCUAUGUCCAACACAAGCUCAUCCAGCGCAGUGGCUGCAACAGACCUAGGGAGGUACCUGAUGCGACGUGAGCUGGUGAGUUCGGGCCUGCUGAAGUUUGAGGACAAGGCAGAGAACUACUGGGCCUGGAAGGCAUCUUUCAUCAGCUCCACCGACGACCUAAAACUCUCUCCCAGAGAGGAGCUUGAUCUGCUGUGCAAAUGGCUGGGGCCUUCGUCGUCUGAGCAAGCUAAAAGAAUCAGAGCGGUGCACAUUCACAAUCCACCUUCAGGCCUCAGGAUGUUAUGGCAAAGACUGGAAGAUGUGUAUGGCUCACCAGAGGUGAUUGAAAACGCUCUUCUAGGAAAAGUUGAAGAAUUUCCUAAAAUCUCAGUCAAAGAAAACCACAAGCUAAGAGAACUGGGAGAUAUUCUCAUGGAACUUGAAGCAGCCAGGGCAGAUGGAUUCCUACCUGGUCUUGCAUACCUCAACACCUCCCGUGGAGUAAACCCAAUAGUCCAGAAACUCCCGUCCAACCUGCAAGAGAGGUGGAUUACUGUAGGAUCACGUUACAAGGAUCAGCACAGAGUACCAUAUCCUCCUUUUUCAGUCUUUGUCAACUUUGUCUGUGAACAAGCAAAAACACGCAACGAUCCUAGCUUUGCUAGCAUAACAGAAGCAUGGUGUACAACAAAGACAGAAAAGAGUGUUUUCCAGCCGUCCAGUCAUCACACAAGAACAUCAGUUGCUGUGAGUAGGACUGAAAUCUCAACAAGUGGCGACGAUAACAACACAGCAGCCAGGAAACAUGAUGACCCAGACAAACAGUGUCCACUACAUAACAAGCCUCAUCCAUUGAGAAAAUGUCGUAGCUUCAGAAACAAAACUCUGGAAGAAAGAAAAGCGUAUCUGAAGGAAAAACACAUCUGUUUCAAAUGUUGUGCGUCGUCCACUCAUGUUGCUAAGGACUGUGGGAAGACUGUGCUGUGCCAGGAGUGCAACAGCGACAGACACCCAGCAGCUCUACAUCCAGGUCCUGCUCCAUGGAAAACCGAGGCCCAUGUGAGUACCGUGGAUCACAGCGGGGAGCGGCAGACGCUCGAAGCCAUUCCGUCUGUGACGUCGAAAUGCACGGAAAUCUGUGGAAGUGUGAACACUUCAAAAUCAUGCUCCAAAAUCUGUCUUGCAUUAGUGUAUCCUGCAGGUCAAAGACACCUAGCCAUGAAGACCUACAUUGUUCUUGAUGAGCAGAGCAACAAGUCGCUAGGCAGAACAGAAUUCUUUGAACACUUUGGAAUUCAAGGCACAGGAAAACAAUACACUUUGAAGACGUGCUCAGGAGUGGUGGAUACGGCCGGACGGCGAGCCAGCAACUUCAUGGUGGAGUCAUUAGACGGCAACAUCCACCUUCCUUUGCCUACGCUGAUUGAGUGUGACAUGCUGCCAGACGACAGGUCUGAAAUACCGUCACCAGAUGCAGCCAGACAUCAUCCUCACCUCAAACACUUGGCAGACAAAAUCCCAGUCCUCGACCCAGAAGCGUCCAUCCUCCUUCUCCUCGGAAGAGACCUAAUUCAGGUGCACAAAGUGCGAGAACAAUGUAACGGGCCACACAAAGCACCGUUUGCCCAACGACUCGACCUGGGAUGGCCCAUGCAACAGCAGCUUAACAGUCAGAGAGAAGAUUGA